CCUUCUAUACACGACCGCGCACUGUAGAGUGGUCAAACGUUUUAAAUAAUACACCAAAGGUGAUGCUAUGUCUAUAUGUGCAGAAAUCCCAAAAUAGAUUUGUCACCAGACUUUGAGGCGUUUUUAUAGCUGUUAAAUGGCUUUGUUUAUUGAUGUUUGCCGUAGUGUUCGUGCGCUGCUAGGUCAAUGUCAGAGAUCAACAGCAGCAGCUGUGUGGAUUCAUUGCCAGUUAUCAGCUCGGAAAUACAGUCGGCCAGCACCUGAGCCAGAGCCGGUGGUUAGUGAUAAUGAAGACAUCAAUAAAACAUUUGUCAACCGAAACCGAAGGAACUUGGAACAGAUGGCCCUCGCAGUAAAGGAUCGAGGCUGGGGCACAGUGUGGCCCUCUAGACAGUAUUAUCAUAGGUUGGUUUUCAGUCGCUCACAGCAACAUGUCACAGCUGAGGUGUUCUCAAAUGACUCGAUUGUUCCUGUACUCUUUUGCUCCACAAAGGAGUGGGCUUUGAAGCAAGAACUGGGCUCCACGCGGUCAGUCGCAGCUUGCCGAGCCGUAGGUGAGGUGCUUGCUCAGCGGUGUCGUGAAGCAGGCAUCACAAGAGUUUUUUAUCGAGAGGUACCAUGGAAGUUUCGCUCUGAUGCAAAUCAGACGUUCUGGACAGCAAUGAAAGAGGGUGGGGUUGCACUUUGUGAACCAAGACGAAAAUUUAUUUAAAUUGCAUUUUUUAUUAUUACUGUCUUAAAAUGUGACAUUUGUCUGUAAAUAUAACUAUGUUCUUACAUUCAAACCGUGUGGUCAUUGAGUCCAUUACGGAUUAAUGGUUCCUAGCACAGAAGAUAUUACAUUUCUGUGCAUUUUAUCUUCGUAUUCCCAGCUUGGAUUAUAUUACUAAUAAUGUUCCCAAUGUGGUCUUCUGCUGUUGUAGCCCAUCUGCCACAAGGUUUGACGUGUUCUGCAUUCUGAGAUGCUAUUCUGCUCACUACAAAUGUACAGAGUGGUUAUCUGAGUUACCGUAACCUUUCUGUCAGCUUGAACCAGUCUAGCCAUUCUCCGUUGACCUCUCCCAUCAACAAGGCAUUUCUAUUCACAGAACUGGCACUCACUUUAUGUUUUUGGCACCAUUCUGAGUAAACUCUAGAGACUGUUGUGUGUGGAAAUCCCAGAUCAGCAGCUACAGAAAUACUCUUGUAUAAAAAAUAUACUUAUAUACAGCCUAGCUAUGGUUAUUUCCAGCAAUAUCUGUAAAACACCAGUUUAAGUAUCAUUUUACAGUAGCAUUAUUAGUAAUAGAAAUAACAUAUGGACACUUGAUCUGUCAGCGGUUAACCCAACAAAACCUUUCUGAACCAAAUUUUUGUGAAAGCAAAUUCUGGGCAUGAAUUAGACAUUAAAUUGUAAAUUCAUUUUUUAAUUUUUAUUGCACAGACAACCUUGUAUAUCAAAUUAAAAAGAUACAUUUUCAGAUCAUAAAUAGAAAAAAAAAAAAGCAAUAGCAACUUUUAUAUGUAUCACCAUCUGUGACCAACAAUGGAAGUUCGAGUAAAAUCAGAACAAAACAUUUCACGGUCACUUCAGAUAAGGCAUGGCACAUUGUACAUUUGACAUAUAAAGGAAAAUCAGCACUUUGCAGGCCAUGGGCUCCAUCAGUCAUUAUCACUAAUACACAUAUGUAAGAUUCAUUUGUUCAUGUGGGAAAUAACUGCAAACCAGUGGUGAAUCGAUUCUAAGAACAUUCCACAACAUAACUUUGGUUUUACAACAAUGGCACUUUGUGCGAGAACAGUAUAAACAUUUCACCAAAUGUGUUUUACAGCAGAUUCAGAUAUUCAUUAUACAUAUAUUUAGGAAACAUGCUUUACAAGACAAGCUUACAUACAGUACAAAGAGCAUGCAUACGGUCCAAUACUUAAAUAGGACAUCAUGCACAGGUGCUGACGAUAAAACAAAUUGACUACUCAUAUAACUAAAGACACAUGUAGGAGUUAGUUGUGUUAGAACAGCAAGUACAUUAAAACCAACAAAUUAUGUAGUUAUUUUGGUCCACCAAUCUAAAUCAAAGGCACUGAAGCAACAGAAGUGUGGCAUGCAGAAUGAUUAGAUAAGACAGCAGAGACUGAUUACAGUAAGUCACAUAUCAACUGUGGCACGUUUUUAAGAAAAUUCUCCGUUUUUUUCUCCUGCAUUUUGUGCAGGUUAAAUAUAUAUUAAAUUUUAGACCACAUCUGUCUAAUUUAAAAACAUGUGUAAGUAGCUCCAAGUUUGGAGCUAAAUGUUCAAUCCUUGAUUGCUUUCUCUAAGAACACUUUUCCAUCCAGCAAGCUCUAAAUAGACAGCAUAAAGCUUCACAUUCAUGAAGAGGAAACAGCUAUAAAGAUGAGUAGAUUAUUGCAUAGGAACCCUAAAAUGAGUGAGAUCACUAGGAAUGGGGAGAUCACACUCAUGUAUUUAUUGAAAAUAACACAAAAAAAUAAUGUCAUAAGAGAGAGCAAUCUUUCAUGUUUCAUGUAGAAUGACAUGAGAGAUAACAGCCAAGGAAAUGUCUUAACCCCUAAUAAUACCAAACUAAAAUCUGUGAAAUAAACUGAAUUGUAUGGCUCAGCAUGAAGGUGCAAAGGAUACAGAGAUUCCAAAAGGCACAAGGUGACAUUUCAAAAGGUAACAACAAAAUUGCUGCUCUAAAUAAAACAGUUCUUAUAUUACAGUAAUACUCACUUCAAUGGGUGGCUGAAGGAAACCAGCUAUUGUAGUUAUUUUUCAAUAAUCCACCUGCAACUGACCAGUUUAUGAGUUUUGGGGUAGAUGGACAGGUGAGGGAAAAUAUAUGAGAUAUAUCUAUUUUUUGUUUUCUCCAUGUGAAUUAACCUAAAAGACUUGAUUUAAUAGAAUUAAUUUCCCUCAUUUUUAUUGUGCUAUGACUCUUGGAG